AUCUGUAAUUUUGUUCACAGGGUUGAUCAAAUUCGAUUUUUGUGCGUGUAGUGAAAAAAAUAGAAAGUCAUAAUGGACGCUUUAAUUCGGGAGCGAGAAGCGUUCAAACGGAAAGCAAUGGUGCUUCCGAGUGUCGAAGCAAAAAAAUCGAAAAGUGAUUCUGUACGAUCCACACCUUCUGCUGCUGCCAGACCGUCUGCUCCGAAAGGGAUCGAUGUUUCGAACUAUAAAUCCAUGGCGGGAGCAUCAGCCUUCAAGUUCGGUGUUCUAGCAAAAAUCGUGAAGCACAUGCGAACUCGCCAUCAGGAUGGCGACGUCCACCCGCUCACCAUUGAAGAAAUCCUCGACGAAACGUGUCAGUUGGACGUGGGCAUUCGUACGAAGCAGUGGCUCAUCGACGAAGCUCUCAAGAGCAAUCCAAAAAUAGAGGAAGUUGAGCCCGGAAGAUACAUAUUCAAGCCUCCUUACACGCUCAAGGACAAGAAGUCGUUGCUGAAGCUGCUCAAAAACCAUGAUUUGAAGGGGCUGGGCGGAAUUUUGAUGGAUGAUGUGAUGGAGUCUCUGCCGAGGGCGGAAAAGUGCAUCAAGCAACUUGGAGACGAAAUCUUGUUUGUAACUCGGCCGCACGACAAGAAGAAGGUCUUGUUCUACAACGACAAAUCCUGUCAAUUCAAAGUGGACGAAGAUUUUCAGAAAUUGUGGCGAGCCGCAGCCGUGGACGGAAUGGACGACGAGAAAAUUGAGGAAUACCUUCAGAAACAGGGGAUAACAUCCAUGCAAAAACAAGGCCCAACGAAGGUAGCUAAAAUUCCCAAGCGAAGAGGGGUCCGCAAGCCGAACAAGCAGAAGAAGCCGAAGGACAAUGAACACGUUAGCGAAGUGCUGAAGUUUUAUGAUAACUGA